GUACUGAGGUGAGAUGCUACAGUGUUGCACUAUUGGGGUCAACUGAAGUGCAAACGUUCGUUCAAAAAUAUACCACAUUUCUCUGCUGACUUUACAAGGUAUUGCUAUGAAAAUCUGGGUUUGCCAUUUUAGUUGCCUUCGAAUAUGAACGGUUCUGUAAUUCAAUGUUGUUGUUGUUUUUUUUUAGCUGUUAGCCAUUUAGCUAACGUUGGCUAGUAGCUCAGCCCCUUUAUUUGAAUGGCAAAACUCCAGUAUUAUACAGGCGUUGUUUUGGAAUCGAGUGCCUACAGCAAUAUCCCGUGUCCCCUGUUCUACCAGUCCUUGACCCAGUACGGUAGUAGUAUGUCUCGGGAACAGCUGGUGGUAGAGAGGGCAAGGAGGGCCUUCCAGACCGGUAUGUCGAAACCCCUGAAGUUCAGAGUUCACCAGCUUAAGAACCUGCACCGUUUCAUCACAGAGAGACGCAAGGACAUUGCAGACGCUGUCAAGAAGGACCUUAACAAGACUGAACACAGCACAGAGUUGUUUGAGACCCUGGGUCUGGAAGGGGAGAUCGACGUGGCUGUGGAGAGGCUAGCAGAAUGGGCUGCCCCUCGGCCUGUAGAGAAGAGCCUCCUCACCAUCUUAGACGAGGUAUACAUCCAGCCAGAGCCUCUGGGAGUGGUCCUCAUCAUCGGGGCAUGGAACUAUCCCUGGGCAGUGACCCUCCAGCCCCUGGUCGCGGCUAUUGCUGCAGGUAAUGCUGCUGUGGUUAAGCCGUCAGAGGUCAGCUCUCAUUCAGCCAAGGUCAUGGAGGAACUGCUCCCUCUCUACCUGGACAAGGAGCUGUACCCUGUAGUGUGUGGGGGUGUCUCAGAGACCCAGGAGUUGCUGCGUCAGCGUUUCGACCACAUCUUCUACACAGGGAACAGCACUGUGGGUAAACUGGUGAUGGAAGCCGCAGCCCGACACCUCACCCCUGUGACCCUGGAGCUGGGAGGGAAGAGCCCCUGUUACAUCGAUAAGGACGUCGACCUCAGAGUUGCGUGCCGGCGUAUCACCUGGGGGAAGUUUGUGAACUGUGGUCAGACGUGCAUCGCCCCAGACUACAUCCUGUGUGAACCCAGCAUCCAGAACAGAGUGGUGGAGGAGAUCAGGAAAUGCAUCACGGAGUUUUAUACGGACGACCCAAAGACCUUCGAGGACUACGGACGCAUCAUUAACCAGCGCCACUUCCAGAGGGUGAUGUCACUGCUCGAGGGGAGUACUGUGGCCAUCGGAGGAGACAGCGACCAGUCACAAUGCUAUAUAGCCCCCACGGUGCUGAAGGACGUGACAGGGGGCUCCAAGGUGAUGCAAGAGGAGAUCUUUGGUCCCCUGCUCCCCAUUGUCACUGUUAGUGGAGUGGACGAGGCUAUACAGUUCAUCAAUGAGAGAGAGAAGCCUCUGGCCCUCUACGUGUUCUCACCUGACAACAAGUUGAUCAGGAGGGUGAUAGCAGAGACUUCUAGUGGGGCCCUAGUGGCCAAUGACUGUCUGGUCCACUUCACUGUCAGUGCUCUCCCCUUCGGAGGGGUGGGUAACAGUGGUAUGGGACGCUACCACAGCCAGCACGGCUUUGACCAGCUCAGCCACCUGCGUGCCUGUCUCAUUAAGAAGCUCAACCUAGAGGAUGCCAACGCCAUGCGUUACCCACCCCACACGGCUAAGAAGCUGGGCUGGGCACGCUUCUUCCUCCUGAAGCAGGUCAACCUGCGCCGGCUCAGACGCAUGGCACUACUGGCCCUGUUCUCUGCCAUGGCUGCCUUCAUAGUACAGAGGUUCCUGCGGUGAUGCUGAUGUGGGGAAACUGUACGUGAGGCUCCACCAUCUUGGACCCUGAUUUAGACUUGUCGUGCUGGGGCAACAGUUAUGUCUCAGUGUCAGUCAUAAACAUAGCAAAAUUGCAAUAGUUAAUUUUAAAUAACAAUUAUUUAACUCUUUUUAAAACAAGGGUUAUGAACCAUUAAUUAUUUUAGAGGUGUUUAUGAUGCCUGUAUAUUAUGAUGCCUGUAUAUUUGAGGUUAUUUUUUUAUUUCGCAUCGUGUCCUACACAUUUCAUCUCUGUUGCACUGUUGCAAAUGGAUUCUAACCUCAAUGGAAGACUGAGUAACAUUCAUUUGCAUUAUUCCUAGAGGACUGCAACUGUUUUGUAAUGUAAAGAAUGUGCCUCUUGUUGUACUAGUUUUUAUACUGAUUAUGUCAACAGUACUUUAUGUUUAGUAUAAAAAGAAAAGUUGCCUGCCUUAUAUACUGUCUUAACAUUAACAAUAAGAUUAUCCGUUUUUUAUUUAAGAUAUUAAAAUGACAUUUAGGCUUAGCUGUGAAAUUAUAUAUAAUAAGACUGUGAAGAGUUAUUCAUUUCAAAUAAAAUGUUAUCUUGUUUAUGGGUAUUUA